AUGGGAAGCCUUUUUGAGUGCUGAUCUUGGGAUAGCAGUUCUCUCUUUAUUUGUGGCUUUGGAAAGACGGGAUGAAGGCUCCUCCGCUGUCGUACUCGCCAAACUGCUGCCCUCCAUCCAUAGGGCGGUCCAAAAACAUCUCGGCUCUUAAGCCCAGCAGCAGAGCCUCUAGGUUGGUGGAGGUUUGGGCUAAGAAAGAUGCGAGUGAGGAGAAAGGAGAGGCCGAGAAGAGCAAGCAGUCCUUGUUUGGGAGUGUUACAGAGGCCCUUGACUUCUCGCAGGUCAGGUCCUCUGAGGAUGCCCAGCUUCUGGAGGAGGCAAGGGAGGCCACCAGAUCUGGAGGAAAGAUGAGCAGGGAACAGUAUGGCGCACUCCGGAGGAAGAUUGGUGGCACCUACAAAGAUUUUUUCAAAUCCUAUGUUGAUGUUGAUGGGCAAUAUGUGGAGGAUGGUUGGGUGGAUAAGACUUGCAAGGUAUGCAAACAGGACACCAGGGGAGAGCCAAGACAAGUUGACAACCUUGGAAGAUACGUCCAUGUGGCAUGUUUAGAGAAAUCCAAAUCAACGAACUUCUUCUCCAAGCUUUUCUCGAGAUAAAGCUCUCCUACUACCAUAAUCUGUUCUUUCUCCAAAUCAUAUAUACAGUGUAUCAGGGGGGAAAAGAAAAAGAACACCGUACAAUCUGUUCCUUUUUAUCAGCUUUAUCUAACAUAUAAAGAGUGUCCACAAUUGUUGUAUACUGUCUCAAAAUUUAUAGAACAACUUAUUAGCAUUUCCAAAUCA